GUGUGUGUGUUACGCGGAGAGAGAGUGAGAGACAGUUCAUGGAAUGCUGUGAUGUCAUCAGCUCAGUCAUACACAAAGGCAAGGAGGAGGACACACAAGCACACCUCGCUCGAAUAGUUACUCUGCUGUGGAGCAUCUGCACCCCACUGUGAGUACAUCCUACUUAAAUAACACAUCCGUUCUCUCACACAUUCUGCUGAAUUGUCUAUUACAGAAUCCAUCUCCUUUUCUGUCAUUUUUUUCCCCCCACUAAGCGUUGAGUAGAAAGAAACCAAUGUGUUUGCCAGCAGUGACAGUUCUCAGUUCUCCGGCUACCUUUGGUCUCCCUCCAAGUGUUGCUUGUGCUGUUUCAUUCUUACUAUGACCACCAUGCCUAGUGAAGUACAUUCAGCCCCUCUGCUACAACAGCGUUCUGCUCAUGCUGUCCUGGGAUGUGACCUUGUAGUUUGGUUACAGCCCAGUAACGGCCAUGUUAAAAUGGAGCAGCUGUCUCUUGGGAGUUUGAAAAAAAGGAAGGGGGGUUGGAAAGGGAUGUGUGUGAAGGAGGAGGAAAAACCCCACCCAUUCCUUUGGAAUCAGUUCCCAUCCAGAGUCAGACACACUCUCAGAGCCCUGCCAUGGCUUGAGUGAGGAAACCAGGGUUUGAUGGAGGGGAAAAUAGAUUACUGAGAUUACUAAGAAAUGAAAAAAAAGACAGUAAGUAGUGACAUCUUAAGAGGAGAACAGAUAAAGAAAACCAAGGCAAGAAAAACUGUCUAGGAUAACUAAAGACAGCAGUAGGAUUAGCAUACAGUAGGGACUAGGCAGUGGCAAUCAUCUGCAGUGCAGACAGAUGUGAUGUAACAUUUUCCCUGAAGCAGAGUCUCCCAGUGAUGGCUGCCUGACGAGGGCUGACGUGUGUGUGUCGAGGGAGGAGGAAGUGUCGGCUCAGAGGACGACAGAGGAAGUAGUCUUUAGCUUGUGUGUGUGUGUGUGUGUGUGUGUGUGUGUGUGUGUGUGUGUGUGUGUUUGUGACAGACGAGGCCCGAUCUUCUUCUUCUCCUCAUGAGGCUCGUUUAGAAACCAACUCAUCUUCAGGAAACUGUUGGCUUAAGGAGUCAGGACGGUACCCCUCCACUUCCAGCCCACCACCGCCGCCACCAUGCUGCAGCAGAUUUUAAAGGACAUGUACAUUGACCCAGAUGUGUUGGAGGCCCUAAAUGAGGACCAGAAGAAGACCCUGUUCCUGAAGAUGAGAGAGGAGCAGGUGCGGCGCUGGACAGAACGUGAGGAGAAAGAAGCGGACCACAGGCCAAAGUCAAAGACAGCCAACAGUAAGAAAGUGAGCUGGUUGCUGGGCAGGGACGGAGAUGUGGCGGUCAUGACGAUUGGAGAGGUGGACGAGCUGAAGACCUCCAAACUCAUCUGCACUGGGCCUGCGGAAAGAAGAGCACCACCAAGCCUGCAAAAUAACACACUCCACCAGACAACCUCCCUGAAGAGCAACCUGGUAAACAGACCAGCCUCAGAUCCUGUCAGAACUCGGAGAGAGGAUCUGCCUCCCAAAACACAGUCAGGGAUACAACUCAAUUUAAAGGAGAACAGUGAGGAAGUGAGGACAUUGCCCCCUCUACAGGUGGCAGUGAGUGAGCAGCAGCCACCUGCAGCAGUGGAAAAACAGGCUGAGUUGGAGCAGGAUGUAGAAGUAGAUGAUCCACAGGAAAAUCCAGUCCUCCUGGCCUACAGACCUCACCCCAGAGCUGGCCCUUCCAACCUGAGGCUGGGUACCACACUGUCCUUUAUCCCCAAGACCAUCACACCGUCCUCUGUACCAAGCUCCACUCCAUCCCCUGUCCCCACUGUCACACUGCCUCAUGUCCCCACUGUCACACUGCCUCAUGUCCCCACUGUCACACCGUCUCAUGUCCCCAAGACCAUAACCCCUGUCCCUACCAUCACACCGUUUUCUGUCCCCAAAACCAUCACACCAUCUGCUUUCCAUAGCAUCAUAACACCAUCCACUGUAACCAACAGUGUCAUACCGUCUCCUGUCCCCAGCAGCAGUGUCAUACCGUCUCCUGUCCCCAGCAGCAGUGUCAUACUGCCUCCUGUCCCCAGCAGCAGUGUCAUACUGCCUCCUGUCCCCAGCAGCAGUGUCAUACUGCCUCCUGUCCCCAGCAGCAGUGUCAUACUGCCUCCUGUCCCCAGCAGCAGUGUCAUACUGCCUCCUGUCCCCAGUAGUAAUGCCAUCAGAGAUGCUCUAGAAAAGAGCACUGCCAAAUCACACACUUCAGAGAAGACCGUCACACUGUCCCCUGUCCCUAGUCCCAUCACACUGUCCCUUGUCCCUAGCCCCAUCACACUGUCCUCUGUCCCAAGCAGUGUCAAAACGUCCCCUGUCCCCAGUGUCUCACGCUCCCCUGUCCCCAGUGUCUCACCCUCCCCUGUCCCCAGUACCACUCGGUCCCCUGUCCCCAGUACCACUCGGUCCCCUGUCCCUAGCAUCUAUACACCGUCCCCUUUCCACAGGACCGUCACUCCAUCCCCUGUGGCUAGCAGCACGGCCAUAAGAGAAGCUCUGAAGAAGAGCACCGCCAAAACACAUGCUGCAGAGAAGACCACCGUCACACCGCUGUCCGUUUCAACCAGACUCCACCCCCAGGAGACGCCCAGCAGCAGAGAUAUCUGUGUGAUGGCAGCCUCUCGCAGGACCAUGUCUGAGGAUGUGGUGUCUGAUGGGGGCGGGGACACCUGUACAGGGCGUGGCCGGGUGGCUCAGCUCAUGAAGACCUUCAGUGUGACAUGCCCCACCCCCUCCACACAGACCCCUCGCCCCCACGGCAACAAACCCUCCAUCCCCACCAAACCCAGCCACCUGCGUCUCGUUGCCAGCCCCUCACUCAGGUAAUCCACAGGACAGGACCAGACCACCAGGCCCACCCCCUGUCCCUCAUUCCAUCCCCACCCAGGCCCCACUGGACAUUGCUGGACAUCCUGGGGCAGCCUGGGGCCUCAGCCACUGGGGACAGGCAUGCAGGCCACAAGAGUCUCUCAGGAACACAACCAAACCUUUGACUCGAUUGCUUAUACUCCAAAAGCAAUGCAAUGGUAUAGAGAUUUUAAAAUGUUUACUUUUGUUUACUUUUUAAAAAUGUUUACCAUGUUUUAUUUUAAAUUGUACAGUACUGUAAAUUCUCUCUGUGGGAAAGACGAACCAAUAGCGUUGAUUGUAAACAGCAUCUUCCUUUGUAUCCUGCUUUUGCCUUUUUAUAUUCACAAAGUUAUUGGGUGGUUCCACUAAUUAGAGGCCUUUUGAGUAGUGUAACUACAUUUUAGAAUUUUAUUUCACCUCAUUUUCACAUUCGGUCAAUGUUCAACUUAAUAAAAAACAUGUUUUCCCAUCUCAAGAGGUAAAAGAAAAUGACUAUAGUAAGGCCUAUUAAUUAAGUGCUAAAUAAAGUAACAGUGUUGACGACUUCAUCUUAGAUCAGCCAUAACUCCCCUUGUGACAGAGGGAAUGGAAGCUUGUUGUGUGCAACAGAGACGGGCAAUUGAAUGCAAGCUUCACAAUUAUAUUUUUUUGUUAACGUCCAAUGCUGCUGUUUUUAAUCUCAAUAUCAAAUCAUUUCUGGGUAACAGUGAAGUACCUUAAUGUGAUAGUUUUAAACUAAAAUGGUCAACAAGAAAACAAAAAUAGCUUCUUAGCAAAGAACAAUUUCUCAAGCAAGAAUUUUGCUAGGACUGUCUGGGAGUGG